AGGGAGGCGCUACUUAAAGUUAACACAGAGAGCCCACAGACUUCAAUAGACCGGUUGGCGCUAACAGCUGACGGUUGAAGCGGACAAACUUGAAUUGUGUUAGGAUAAAAACGCACACACACACAGAGCCACGGGCUAAAAUCCACAGCCGUAUAAGUUUGCAGAUAUUUAUCGUUUACUUUUUUAUUUAUACGUGCUUUUAUUAUUUCGCGAAGCACUUCGUUACAAAGUGAAUUUUAGUUUUUUUUAACAACACCACAUUCAUUCACAGCAGCAGCAGCGCCGGCAGCGUCGCCUUAAACGUUUCGACUGCACUUGGGGGGUGAGCAGAAGAUGAACUCCUGGCUGAGAGCAGUCGCUAUCGUGUGGAUCUGCGUUGCGUCUCUGGGCACACGAGGCCUGGCCCACAAUGACACCGUGCAGAGAUCGCUGGCACCAGGCACGGCGGAGCCCCAGCUGGAAUCCAUCAGGAGCCGGUUCCAGUUGAGAAGCGCGGACGAACCGGAGGGCCCAGGUUGCCAGCUGGUGCCAGGACAGCCCGAGUCGCUCACUCAAUGCAGAUUCCAGCCCAGCGCCAAAACCUUCCUCAUCAUCCACGGCUGGACGCUCAGCGGCAUGUUCGAGGGCUGGAUCAGCAAGAUGGUGAGCGCGCUGCACGCGCGCGAGAACACCGCCAACAUUGUGGUGCUGGACUGGCUGGACCGCGCCCACCAGCACUACCCCGUGGCGGCCGCCAACACGCGCGUCGUGGGUCGCGACGUCGCCAUCUUCCUCGAAUGGCUCGAGGAGGCCUCCAACCACCCGCUGGAGAACGUCCACCUCAUCGGCUACAGCCUGGGCGCGCACGCUGCUGGGUUCGCCGGGGAGCACAUGAGGAACCCCGCGAGGCUGGGGCGUAUCACGGGGCUCGACCCGGCAGGCCCCACGUUCGAGGGCCGCGAGUCUGCCGAGCGCCUCUCCCCCGAGGACGCGGGCUUCGUGGACGUGCUGCACACGCACACGCGCGGCUCGCCGGGCCUCAGCAUCGGCAUCAAGCAGCCCGUGGGACACCUCGACGUCUACCCCAACGGUGGCAGCAACCAGCCGGGCUGCGACAUCCGUGACGUGUUUGGGGGAUUGGCGUCAAACGGCCUCUUGAGCUUCACGGACGCGUUCAAGUGCGAGCACGAGCGCUCCGUGCACCUCUUCAUCGACUCGCUGCUGCACACGGAGCAGAUGCCCACGGCGUUCCGCUGCACUGACUCAGAUCGCUUCAACCGGGGCCUGUGCCUCAGCUGCCGCAAGCACCGGUGCAGCGCGGUGGGCUACGGCGCCGAGAGGGUGCGCGCCCGCCGCAGCACGCGCAUGUUCCACAAGACGCGUGGCGGGAUGCCCUUCAAAGUGUUCCACUACCAGGUGAAGAUCCACUUCACCAGCCAGGUCCACAUCGAGCAGCUACGGCCCCGGCUCUCCGUGUCUCUGCUGGGCACCACGGGGGAGGCGCACGACCUCAAGAUCGUCUCGAAGGACAGCAUGGAGCCCAACACAACGCACUCCUUCCUCGUGUACACCGAGCAGGACGUGGGCGACCUGCUGCAGGUCAAGUUCAAGUGGGAGAGGUCGGACAACUGGUACCAGUCGGUGUGGUACAAGAUGCGCACGUGGUCGGGCCUGGACCACUCUGGCUCGGGCUUGAGCAUCCGCGUGCGCAAGAUCCGCGUCAAGUGCGGAGAGACCCAGAAAAAAAUGGCGUUCUGCUCCAAAGACCAGGACACCGUGGACCUGAAGCCCUCCCAGGAGGAGGUGUUCGUCAAGUGUCCCGACGGGUGGAUCUCCAAGAGAAGCUUUGGUUCCGCUGGGAAGCGGGACGAAUGAAAUUCUGAUGGAGAAUUCCGCGGGAGAGAAACUGGACCAACGCAAGAAAGAAAACAACGGACGAGUGCCUUCAGUUCGUGGCUCAGUGCAAACCCGACUUCGCCGCUCCCCAGGGAUGAACCCUGACCCCCCACGUCCAGUCGCAGCAGGGACCACACGGCACGGCGUAUGGACGCCUAGAGCCCCUGCUUCACCUCCAACCUCCCCCGCCAGGACCUCCCAACUGCGAGUUCAUGCUCACAAGCUCGGCACAAUCGCGAACGGGUUCUAUUUGUUAGCGCGAUGAGCCCGAGCCGCACGUCUCAUGGCCAUCAAUGGCGAUUGAAUAACAACGCGCGGACAGACGCUACAGCCUGGACCUCGCAAUCCCCACACCGUGCUCCGUCCAGAUGAGGGUCGCACAAAUGUUUUUUUCACUCGUCACUUUUUUGUUUGGAUGCAUCGCGCAUAAAAUAAGCGACCCGGCGUGCGUGCGUGGAGGAUGUGCACGUAUUUGUACAUCGCAAUUGUGUAAAAUGUAACUGUGAUAACGUGCGCGGCCUAUCUACGGCGUGUUCCCAAUGCUGCGUGCCUUCCACACGGACGCCGAGGCCACGCUGCAACCCCCACGCGAAUGGCUCGUCCAGGGAUUUAUUUCUCAACGCAUAUUUUCCAGAUUGGCCAUCAAGACUGGAAUAGCUCGCCGCAGAUAUAUAGUUAAAAGAUUUACACUGGGUGCGGUGUGCCAGGUGUUGAAAUAUUUUCCGGGACAUCACACCCAAGAUCCCCAGCUGAAAUUAAGACCGGGGGCUAGCUGGACUCAUGGUAGAGCAUUUCUAGUUUUAUCUUGUCUUAUUCUUCGGUGCAAUUUUAUUCCACAUCUUUACAAACAUUUUAUUGGUCUGUGGGCAUUGCCUUUCACUUCAUCGUCAAAUCGAAACAUUUACCAGAGUUAAGUUCAGAGGGCAUCAUGGUAAAUGCCACUGAUGUAACCAUAUCUUCCCUUGGCCAACUACCUUCUGCCAGAUUAUUCAUUGGCAUAAAUGUGUAGUGUACACAAUAACAAUUAAGAGUGUCGAUAUUUGAGCGAACAUACACCUCCCAUAAACAAUCUCCGGUUAGCCUCCCUUGUAAAUAUAUUUUUCUUAAGAUUCUAUUUUUUUUAUAUGAACAAGUGUUGACACGGCGUUCUGAACUGAAUAGCUAAGGGACAGCCCUGACCGCGGUCUCUCGACAUUCUGAUGUCAGCGGCGCACCUGCGAUGUUCAGGCACGUCCGUGAUGGCAGGGAUCCAAGAUCUUGCUCAUUCAGCCCUGAGAGUUGGGUACUCAAACGCAUCGCUAUGUAAUAGCUUAAGGGUUGUUGGUGUUGUUGUGUAUUUGCAGUAAAAUAUAACUUGCCACUUAAAACCACUCCGUCCUGUGGCACACACUGACUGGCAGGACUUCAAACGUAAAAAUUCUUCAACUCGUGAGUUGAGUUCACCGCCAACGCCGAACGUGAUCGCCGGUUCGUUAUCGGUGAAAUCCUGGGUGUCGCGACGCUACCAAAGUGGCUCCUCUCGCAAUUUCUCUGCCAGUGGCAUGGCGUGGGUAACGGUGGUGGUGGCACGUGGGUUGGGAGGGUUGAAGGCCACACGCCAGGAGCCGUAGUCCUCAAGAGCCCGUGGGCGACAGCCAAAGAUGUAACCCAGCUUUGAAAUGCAGCCAAAAUAAAACCCACUACGGAGAGAGGCAACACGAGAGUGAAACUUGGCAACCAUCGUGGUGCGAGACUUUUCCUUGCGCGUUUACACCAAUAGGGACGAGCAGCGGUGAAGGGGCGCUUGGUGUUGCGACACAAAGAAUUUGGCGGUCCUUUCCGUUACGAUUUAUCUUCAGUUUUGCACGGUUGUACAUUUUGCACAUUGCACAGAGCACUGCGCCGAGGACUGCUGUUAAUGUUUCGUGCUGUAAAAAGUCUGGGACUUAAGUUAUUGCCGAUUGUACAUACUGUAUACUUGCAUUAGUUGACCGUGAAGGGCUGCCCACGCUAAUUCAUACGCGGGUAAUUUGCAUCCUGUACUUUUGUAGAUGUAACAUUUUGAAAUAAAACUUUUUAAA